AUGGAGCUACCCCAAAAAACUGCAUUCGAGAAGCGAGCAUUUGACCGCUUAGAAACUUCCGAUUUUGGGCUGAGCAAGAGAGCUUUUGAUCGCAUUGACAGUUCCGGAUUUGGACUCAGCAAACGCGCCUUCGACAGACUUGACACAUCUGGGUUCGGGCUUGCAAAACGAAUGCUCGAUCGCUUGGAAAGUCCCGAUUUUGGCCUCAGCAAGCGGGCGUUCGAUCGCAUUGAUUCAUUCGAUUUUGGCUUAGUCAAAAGGUCAUUCGACAAGAUCGAAGGCAAUGGUUUCGGCCUCGCCAAGAGAACAAAUUCUCUCCCAUAUCCAAGAGUUGGUUAUGUGAUGGAUUCGUUGCCGAUACCAGUGCAGAAUAAGCGAACAUUUGACCGAAUUGAGCGUUCAAAUUUCGGCUUUCGCAAGAAACGCUCAGUACCGGAAAUGCGAAAUGCGUAG